AUGGCACGAAGAUCAGUUAAAAUGGCCUUUGAUUUGCAUAAAUCUGUUUCUGCUUCAAACCAAGAUCCAAUCAUAAUUAUGCAUGGAUUACUUGGAUGCAAGCGGAAUUGGCGAUCAAUCGCUAGGGCCCUAAACAAUAAAGGUUUUGGCAGGGUCUAUUGUGUUGACGCGCGGAAUCAUGGAAUGAGCCCUUGGUCUAAUGAGAUGAAUUACAACUUUCUUGCCGAGGAUCUUCUUGAUUUUAUAUCUGACUUGAAAUCGCCUAAUGUCACAUUGAUCGGUCACAGCAUGGGCGGAAAGGCUUCAAUGGCAGCUGCUUUAAUGGAGCCGUCUAUGAUUCAUCGAUUAGUGGUCAUUGAUAUCGCUCCACAUAUAUCACCCAAUCAGGCAAACAUGGAUUUGUUCAUUUCUCUAAUGAAUCUCACGGAUUUAAAAGUAAAGAUGGAAGAGACUAGAACCCUUCAUGGUCUUCGAGCAAGAUUGAUGAAAGAUUGGAAAGAUGUUGUUCCGAACACCUAUCAGCGUUCCUUCAUUCUCACCAAUCUCUGCGAAACAAAUGGUGAACCCGGUUGGUCAGUAAACGUCCAAAUUCUGCAUAAAAAUCUCCGUGAUCUCUUUGAUUUUCCUUAUUCCCUAGAAGACAACUCUGUAUCCUAUAAGGACCCUGCUCUCUUCAUAUCAGGUGAAAAGUCAGCUUUCCUACAACCUGAGCAAAUGCCCUACGUUGUUCACUUCUUUCCAAACGCUAAACGAACGGAAAUCCCUGGUGCAGGUCACUGGGUGAACGCGGAUGCUCCCGAAGUCCUUACUGACACAAUCAGUGACUUCAUCAAUCAUGGCAAUUGA